CGUUUCGCACAAGCCCCAACUUUAACUUGCAACGGUGGAAGCCAUAACGUUACAUAACGUUACUAGUAACUUAGUAUGCUCCACCACCUGUAACGUAACGUUAACUGGUUGUUCAAAAGUUUUUUCAGUCAUCAUACAGGCGUCACUAAAUAUAACGUUAUUUAACGUUACGCUUUAGUGUGCGCCCGCCGAACUUAAGGUUCAAAUCAAGGGAAACUGGACUUGGUUGAAGAUAACGUUACUUGAAGAUGUUUCAACUCUCUUCCAAGAGGCUUCUUCAGUUCUCAGAAACUGGCAGGGAGUCCCAGACUACGUUAUGGUGUCAUGUUUCCCCAACGCCAUCAUUGCAAACGUCCCUGAGUGUCCUUACGGCUGGGAGAUUGAGCAGCUCUCCCUGGGUGGAGUCUGUUACUCUGGAAUACACAGCCCGGGCUACUACCGCUUCAUCAUCUCAGACCUAACACCCAGAAACCACUCGUACUGCGGCACGCAGUCUGAGUACAUGCCUGGCAAAGACCCCAAGUACAUCUUCUAUAACUCCAUCGUGUCCAAUGACACUUCUCUCACAGUCAGAAACCAGCCUGUUAACUACACCUUCAGCUGCAUGUACCGAGCAGCCUACCUAGUAAAUAACGCCGUCUUCAGCCAAAGAGUGGCUACAGUUUAUGUCAACAACGGGAGUUUAGGCACUUUUAGAUCACAGUUGUCUAUGAAUGUGUUCACGAAUUCAAAGUUCCUGUAUGCCAAGGAUGCUCCCUAUGUGAUUGACACUUCUGAGAUCGGCUCUGAAGUCUUCAUUGGCAUCGAGGCAAAAGGACUAAGUAACAGAUUCAAAGUUGUAAUUAACAACUGCUGGGCGACUCCUACUCCUUACUCAACUGACAAGAAGAGGUGGAGUCUCAUCAUUAACAGCUGCUCCUCUGACAACACUGUGACUAUUUUUGAGAACGCCAAAGACAGCCGCUCCAUGUUCAAGUUCAACUCUUUCCGCUUCCAAAGGCUAGAGAAGGUGUCCACAGUCUGGCUUCACUGUGAGGUCCAGGUCUGUGAUGGAGAGAGACUCAUCUGUCAGCCAGGCCCCUGCUCUUUCAGACGUCUGUCGUCAGAGGCAGAACCAAGUGGGGGGAUCCUUACUGCUGAGUUUCACAUCAAAGGUAAUGGGUCCUCCAAUAAUGGACACAUAAAAGGCACUUCACUAUUCAUCCUGCUGGUGGUCCUAAUAAACACAUGGUGUGAUUUAGUAAAUGGGUCAAGAAUGUAGUAAAAACUUAGAUUUCCAUUCGGUUUCUUUUAUACACACAUACACAGAGGGGAGUGUCACAGGACUCAGGGAGCGUAUGAAUACAUUCCUCCCCCACACUCAAAUAAAUGAUUUUCUCAUUUAAUUUUCUCACAAAGAAUAUUUGUAAUUAGCAUUUAUUGAGAUUUCCAUAUCUUCUUGUGAAUGAAUAAUCUUUUAAAAUGUUACAUAUAUU